AGCUAGUCACAGGAAGUACAGUCAUGGGCUCCCAGACCAGCGUGAUCUAAGCGAGAACUUGGCCGCCACCCAGGGCCUCGCUGACAUGAUCACAGAGGCCCAAAGACUUUUUGAGAACUUGAGCUCCGCAGGCCAGACGGAGGACCUUUCAAGUGAGGUUGCAGGAUCGCAGUCCCCUGGUUCUGGUAGUUAUGAGGACGAGCUGGAGGAACGGAGAAGAAAGCUCCAGAUCAGCACCCAGCAGCUUCUGAAGGAAGCCAGGGAAAAGAGCCAAGACUGGGAGAACCAAACUGCCCCAGAGGCGGUGACGCUGGCUCUUAAAAAGAUGGAUGAUAAUUGCCCGCUGUGGAUGUGGCGUGGCUCCGUGGAGGUGGAAGCACACCAGGAGGAUUUGUUUCACCGGCUGCUUAGGGAACAGGAGCUGUGGGAGGGAGGUUUGCACCAGACUAAUAUAAUCCAGACGUUACCCAAUGAUGCCGAGGUCUAUCACUAUCUCGUCCAGGGCCAGGGCCACGGUCUGGGCUCCUGCCCUCCCCGGGAGCACCUGCUACUCAGGACCUGGCAGGCAGACCCUUACUGUGGCCCCCUGUAUCUGUCCUCUGUGUCCACGGACCACCCCGAGGUGCGACUGGAGGGCGUCAGAGUCCACACACACUCCUGCCUCUACUUACUUGAGCCCAUAGGAGCGAGGAGGACCCGGUUGACGCACUUGUGUCGAACUGACACCAGGGGCCGCUCACAAGUGUGGCACUACAAAGUGAGCGGACAUCGCCUGUCUGCCGGUCUGAUGGCAAUCCAAGAGUCCUUCAGAGCUCAACACAAAGGGACCGGCAUUUGAUUGGAGGGGUUUUUUUGCACUUCAAAAAAGGUAGCACUCUUCACUGUCUUUUGUGUCGUUAAACUGCAGAGCUUCACUUGUAUUCCAAAGUGGAGCUCACAAGCCCACGGUGAGACCUUUCCCGACAUUGCUUCUCUUUGGCUGCGCUUGAGUUUUUUUCCCCGUCGGAGGCUUUUGAAAGGUGGUCUGCGUCUUCCCAAUGAGACAUACUCAGCUUCAGGAAGAAGGAAAAAACACCAAGGGCGGAAGCAAGGGAAAGAUGCAGCAAGCGUACGGCCCACGGACGCACACAAACACAGGAAGUAAGGGGGACAAACAGCAGGAAGUGUGGAUUUUUUUGUUGUCCGGCAGAUGUUAAAUGUGAGAAAACAGGAGGCCAUGUACUGUACCUACCUCUCCGCGGGGCGGCGCCACAACGUUUUUGCAAUAUUGCAGAUUGACGAAAACUUAAUGAACUGUAAUGGGCGACGAUUUUGAACACUGACGGAUACCCGAGCAGACUCGGCGAAUACUUCAACAUGAACGCGGUUAUGGACGUGACGAGGACAACCAAAACCAGCAAAGUCGCGCCAGAAAAUUGAUGGAAUUGUUCCACUCUAUUUAAUUCAACUGCAAAUAUCGGAUAUUUAAAUCAAAGCUCUCAACAAAAUGCACCUGAUUAAAGUGUUUUUGUCUGAGAA